AUGAGAAAGCAACAACAAAAAUAUGUGACGCACUAUCUGAAGUUUGUGACAGAAGAAGGUUGCAAGCCAGCUGGAUACCAGAUCAAGCCCGGCUGCCCAGCUCCUGACAUUGUCAUCAUCAAAGAUUUUCUUCGCUCGUAUGUCUGUACUGCGCUCUAUAGAAGGGCGCGACACUCUACAGCUACUCACACCUGGUGUGAAAAGCCCCAGUCCAAGCACUGGCAUCAUCAAUCUGACAGUCAAUGGUCUACAUUAAGUUUGGGUGCAGUUCCAGUCCGCUUCUGGGAUCGAUCUGGGUCCACGGAGCUUGCUCAAAGCUCCUUGGAACAUAACCGAUUAUCCUGUGAGCUAGGCUGAGAUCCACAGGAGAUUGAAAGUUCCCAUGACCAAGCGUCACAUUAGGGUUUAGUUCAAAACCACGGAG